AUGGCUUAUGUGCUCAUUGUUGGUGAUCCUUACUCAUUAGCUUUCCAAUUAAACAUCAUUAUUGGCAAGCUAUCGUUGCAAUCAUUGCCCUUGACCAAUUUGAACUUAAGAAUUGCCGUUGGCCUCUAUGGAUCUACACAAAUAAAGGUGCUCAAUGCUACUUUCGAUAUAUGUGAUUUUCUAAAAAGUCGCAAAUCCAAUAAGGCACUUGGCCGCCUGUAUCAAUACAUUGCACCAUAUACCAAUUUGAAUCAUCGUUGUCCCUAUAAGCAUGAUAUAUACAUCAAAAAUCUUAGCUUGUCUAGCCGCGAAUCGUUUUUGUCUGUCUUCAAUGGUGACAUUGUGACAAGAAUUGAGGCCACAACAGAUGAAAAGAAGCGAGUCGCUAUUGAACUCAGAUCCAGUUAUUAA